UAUAAUAAUAAUAGUUAAAAAAAAAAAACAAUCUAACCUAACCCCAUAACCCACGCAGCCCCACACCCACAAUUGCUGAAACCAUAAAAAAAAAACAAUUCUUUUCUCUCUCUGUGCUCGUUGCUUUCUUUCUUCUCCUGUGCGCAGCUUUGGUUCUUUUCUCUUCUCUUCAAUUUUCUUUCUUCUUCAAAGGAAACAAAAUACUACACAAUACCCCCACCAUCAAAUAGACGUUGGUGAAGAGAAAUUAUCUUGCAAGUGGAAAAGAUGUUGGGCAUGGUUUUGGGAGAUAGGGUUUGUGCUAAAGAAUGAGAAGAGUACCCACCGCUUCACGAUUACUCAGUCGGGUUAUUGAGAUCUGCCGGUUAGUGGUUCGUUUGGUUGUCGCGUAGUUGUGGAGAGCAAUCGUGCUGGUUCUUCGUAACUAUUUUCAGGCAGCUUAGUAGCAGACUGUUGUCAGAUUCAGAUCAUUCGACUUAUUUCCUUUAGCAGGCAUCUCAGUGGUAUGAAGAUCUUUGUGAAAGUUCAGUCUUUACAAUUUCAAGAAAAAUAAGUUGGAGAUUCUACCCUAGGAAUUGAGCCUAAAUUGUCAUUUGUUUUGUUCUCAUGGCACCCUCCUCCUUCACCUACGAUGUGUUCCUCAGCUUUUGUGGAGUUGAUACUCGAUUCAGUUUCACUGGGAAUCUUUACAAAGCUCUUCACGAGAGGGGAAUCAACGCCUUCAUAGAUGACAAGAAGCUCGAGAGAGGGGAGGAAAUCACACCGUCACUUCUCAACGCAAUUGAACACUCCAAGAUUGCCAUCAUUGUUCUCUCUGAGAACUACGCAUUUUCGUCAUUCUGUUUAGAUGAACUUUCCAAGAUCCUUGACUGCAUGAAGGAAAUGGGUCAGUUGGUCUGGCCAGUUUUUUAUCAAGUGGAUCCUUCUGAUGUGCGGAAGCUGAGCGGGACUUAUGGAGAAGCCAUGGCUAUGCAUGAGCAGAGGUUCAAGGAUAACUUGGACAGGUUGAUCAAUUGGAAGAUUGCUUUGUAUGAAGUGGCUAACUUGUCUGGAUGGCAUUUUAAGCAUGGGGUAUAUGAACAUGAUCUUAUUAGGAAGAUUGUUGAAGAAGUAGCAAGAAAGAUCAAUCCUUUUGCUCUACCCAUUGCUGAUUACCCAGUUGGACUGGAGACCCAAGUGUCAGCCGUGAUUUCACCUUUGGAUGUUGAGUUGGAUGAUAGAGUCCACAUGGUAGGGAUUUAUGGAACCGGUGGUAUAGGUAAAACAACCCUUGCGCUAUCGGUUUAUAAUUCGGUUGCCAUCCAUUUCGAAAGUUUAUGUUUUCUUGAAGAUGUUCGAGAAAACUCAAAAAGAUAUGGCUUACUAUAUCUCCAAAAGAUCCUUCUUUCUAAAACAGUUGGAAGGGAGAAAUUAACCAGUGUCAAAGAAGGAAGUUCAAUAAUACAACACAGGCUCCGACAAAAGAAGGUUCUUUUGGUUCUAGAUGAUGUUGACAAAAUGGAGCAAUUAGAGGCUGUUGCUGGAAGAUCUAAUUGGUUUGGUCCUGGCAGUAGAGUUAUCAUUACAACGCGGGAUAAACACUUGCUAGAACGUCAUGGGGUUGAAAGAACAUAUGAAGUGACCAAUCUGAAUGAGGAUUAUGCUUAUGAAUUGCUUACAUGGAAGGCUUUCAAAACCGACAAGGUUGAUCCAAGUUAUGUGGAUAUUCUAAACCGUGCAGUAAAUUAUGCUUCUGGCCUUCCAUUGGCCUUGGAAGUAAUAGGCUCCAACUUGUUUGGAAAAAGUAUAGAAGAAUGGGAUUCUGCAUUAGAUUUGUAUGAAAAGAUUCCAAAUAAAAAGAUUCAAGAGACACUUGAAGUGAGCUUUUAUGCUUUGGAGGAAGAAGAGCAGAGUGUUUUUCUUGACAUUGCUUGUUUCUUCAAAGGAUAUAGAUUGCCAAGGGUCAAGGAAAUUCUUCAAGCUCAUCAUGGUAUCAGAUUGGAGUACCACAUUGGAGUAUUGGUUAAAAAAUCUCUUAUAAAGAUUAGUCAAUAUGAUGUUGUGACAUUACAUGACUUGAUAGAGGAUAUGUGUAAAGAAUUUGUUCGACGAGAAUCACCAAAUAUACCUGCGGAACGUAGUAGACUAUGGUCUGGUGAAGACAUAGUUCAAGUUUUAGAAACGAACACGGGAACGAGUAAAAUUGAAGUCAUAAUCCUGAGUUUCCGGUCAUUUGAAAGAAAACCAAAUAGCAUACGUUGGGAUGGAAAGGCUUUCAUGAAGAUGGAAAAUCUCAAAACACUUAUCAUAAAAGAUAUUUCUUUUUCCAAAGCUCCCGAGUAUCUUCCAAAUAGUUUAAGAUUAUUGGAAUGGGGGAAGUAUCCUUCACUUAAUUUUCCAUCUGAUUUUCAUCCAAAGGAGCUUACCAUAUGCAAGUUAGACUACAGUGACUGUAACUCAUUCAAGUGGGCUGGCUUCGUGAACAAGAAGUUUGAGAAGAUGAGAGUUUUAAACUUGGAUAACUGUACAUGUUUAACUCAGACACCUGAUGUAUCUAGUCUCCCCAAUUUAGAAGAAUUUUCUUUUCAAAGUUGUAUGAAUUUAACUACAGUUCACCAUUCAGUUGAAUUCCUGGUUAAACUUAAAAUCUUGAAUGCUACCAGUUGCUUCGGGCUUAAGAAUUUCUCAUUCUUCCUCAAGUUGGCCUCGCUUGAAAAACUCCAACUAUCAUUUUGCUCUGGGCUUGAGAGUAUUACAGAAAUAGGAAAGGAGGGAAAUAUAGCACAUCAUCACUUGGAACAGACUCCCAUUCAAAAUCUUACUCCGCUUCAAACGUUACAUGUGGAUCACAAUGGAAUUUUUCAUUUGCCAAAUACUGUUGUGGGCGGGGGAUGUCUAUUGCCAAGACAGGAUGAAGAAGUAGAAGUAGUGGGUUCAACUCGGUCUUCAAAUGUGGAAUAUCUUGAUCUCUCAUAUUGCUACCUGUCAGAUGAAUUUUUGGCAAAAGGCCUCAAGUGGUUUACUAAUGUGAAAGAAUUAGACCUUUCAAACAACAAGUUCACAUACAUUCCUGAAUGCAUCAAAGAAUUUCAAUUUUUAUGGAAGCUUGUCUUGGCUGGUUGUAUUGGGCUUCAGGAAAUCAAAGGGAUUCCGCCAAACUUAGAAAAUCUUAGUUUGGAUAACUGCAAGAUAUUUCAAGAACUUAGUCAACUUACACAGGUUCCACCGAGAUUGAAAACUUUCUCUGCAUUGAACUGUGAAUCCUUGACUCCCUCAUUUAAAAGCAAAUUACUGAAUCAGAAACUGCAUGAGGCUGGAAACACCCAGUUUCGCUUGCCUCGAGCACAGAUUCCAUGUUGGUUCGAGCACCUGAGCACGGCAGGACGAUCAAUUUCUUUCUGGUUUCGAAACAAAUUUCCAGAUAUGGCUUUCUGUGUUCUUUCUCCAUUGACAUGGACAAAUUAUGAUGUAAUUGUGAUCAUCAAUGGCAAAAAGUUUUUCUAUAGGGUUGGUACGUGUAGAUUCAUGCGGCCGGAAUUGUACCAUAUACAUCUUUUCCAUAUGCAAAAGGAAAAAUUCAAUGAUAAUAUGGACAAUGCACUCUUGGAAAAUAAGUGGAACCGCGCAGAGGUUAACUUUAGGUUCGCAUUCCAUCAAUGCGGAAUCCAUCUAUUGGAUGAGAAAAGUAGCAUGGAGGAUUUUCAAUUCACCGAUCCCUAUGAUAAGAGAGAGAUAUUUGACUUGAACUUACCACUACUUCGCGACGAUGAUGUUGAUAUGCAUUUGUUACUGAACGUGUUCAUUGCUAUCAAAUGUUUGUAACAGUUUCUAUUGAGCACAUUGAAACACAACUUUGAAUUAUUGCUAUCGAGCAUUGAUUCUGAUGUGAAUAAAACAGAAUGUGAUUAACUCUUCCAAUUCUGAGACUCCAGCCAUGCAAUUAUAGUGUCCUUAAAGAUAACUUGUGUACGUUGUUGACAAGAGAUGUCGAAGCAGUGAUGAAGAGGAAGGCUGAAAAUUGGAUCUUGUUGCUGCGGUUAGGAAGCUUCUGAUGCUGGUUGUCCAUGUCCUAUUAUGUAAAUAAAAAAUUUCGUCCAUUACCUUUGUUCAUUUUACAUUUUUAUUUGGCUUAAUUCCAGUUUGGGCCCCUGAUGUUUCAAGAAUGGGCGAUCCGCACCCCCCGUGUAUAAAAGUUGCGGUCAAGCUCCCCUUUGUUACAAAACUGUGCUAACGAAGCCCUUCCGUUAGCUUCCGUCUGUUGACCAAACGGAAGUGGCUUCAUUAAUUGACGUGGCGGCCACGUGUUAUUAUAUUUUCUUUAAGCAAUUAUUUUUUCAUGAAAAUCACCCCCCCCCCCCAAUUCAUAAGACCCGAUCCCCCAAAUUGAUUGCAGACUUGAACCCUAAUUUCACCAUUGUUGAAGAGAAAAGAAAGGGAGAAGAAGAUAGCAGUAGUUUGAAGAACCGGUGCGAGGGAGAAGACGAUAGCAGUAGCUUGAAGAACCGAUUCCCCCCAGGAAGUCGCUGCUGCGAUAGAUGGAAAGAGGAAGCCAAAUGUCAAGUGGAAGCUCCAUGACCCAUGGGUCUGUUCGAGGAACGACAAGGGUUUGCGAUUGUGGGGCUGAGUCGAAACUAGUUACAUGUUGGGUGGGUGAAAAUGCUGGCCGGCGAUUCUAUGGAUGUGGAAAAUAUCAAGUUUAUGGGAGGAGGUUGUGCUCAUAUUUUCAUUGGUAUGAUGGGGAAGGCAAUGUACGUGAUAGGAAGGUUAUUUCUGGGCUAAUCCGCAAGCUUGAAGUGCAUAAGAAGAAGGAGAUCUAUUUGACUAGGUGUUGUGUCAUUGGGUGGGGACUUAGUGCAGUUUUUCUGCUUGUGAUUGUAAUGUUGUUGCUGAAAAUUUACCUUAGGAAAUAGGGCUCAUGUCAUGUACUGGUUAGGAAUUAAGCCUACUUGGUUAUGAUGGAAUGUAAUUGGUAGCCUAAUUGCUACUUGAUAUUCUAAUGCAAUGAGAAUUCUCACAGUUUAGUCUAAA